GAUAGAGAGAUAGAGAGAGGGAGAGGGAGUUGUGUGCAGCGGGAAUGAGGGGCGGAAGAAGGCAAAUCUUGAUUGGGUUGGGUGUGGUAAUGCUACUGGGCAUCGCCAUCUCCUUCAGGCUUUGGUCCAUCGAUUACAGAAUUUCCUCCGGCGAAGCCGAAUUACUGAGAAGACAGUUUGAUCUUGCUAACAGGGAGGCAAUGGACGAAUCGGCAGAGUGGAGAUUGAGAUAUGAUAAGGAGGCUGAGAAUUCUAGCAGAUGUUCUAAAGAACUAAUUGAGAUGAAGGAAUCUUUAGAGAGGAAGGCGGAAGAUGCUACUAACGUUAACAAGAAAUUGGAAAUAUUGCAGAAGGUGGAAUCCAAAACCUGUGUUUUAGGGAGAAUAUGGGCUUGCUUGAGCGGCUAGAGUCCUUGAAACAACAACUUGAAGCUGAGAAAUUGAAGUGCAAUGGAUGAUAAUACAUUGAUACAGUAGCUGUCUCUUGAAGUCCAAUAUUGCCCGUUGUUGGAUUAAUCAAAUUGAUGUUACAAGGCGCUAUAUUUUGGGAGCGCAUCUUUAAUUGGCAGCUUCUUGCCAAUUUGAGGCUUUGAGCCUGAGCACAGAUGGUGGUGAGCUGACAAUACUGACAGUUUCUUUCCUAUUGUGGUGUUGUGCCAUACGAUAUGUUUGUAAGAAAGUGAGCACCUGGGAGAAAGUGGCGGUGGUAGUACAUAUUACAUACCAGAAUUGAUUGAAAAAGAAGAAAGAGAAGAAUUUGGCUGUAUGAUCACAGUGAUUUCGUUUUUUCUUCCUUUUCAUUUCACUUCUCUUCUCUCUUUUUUGGCAUAGAAAGAUUUCAACCUUUUAUGUUUGGGAUUGCACUCUCUGUCAUGCAGUCUACUAUUUGUUUAACUUUAUUACAUGACUUUGAAAACUUGUGCUUUCAAGAGUAUUUCAGCAUAGAAUUUGUUAGCUUA